AUGGCCGGGCGCUUCGACCUGCAGGGCAGGCACGGCAAGUCCCGCGUCCGGGUCUCCCGCGUCUGGCGCCGCCCCGCCGACGCCGGGGGGCACCUCUUCGUCGAGUGGAGCGUCGCCGUCAGCGUCGUCUCCGACUGCCUCCCCUCCUACACCUCCGACGACAACUCCGCCAUCGUCGCCACAGACUCCAUCAAGAACACCGUGUAUGUGAAGGCCAAGGAGUGCACGGAGGUGGUGUCCAUGGAGGAAUUCGCGGUCAUCCUCGGAAGGCAUUUCACCUCACUCUACCCGCAGGUCUCAGAGGCUACAGUGACGAUCGUGGAGCGCCCAUGGGAGCGUGUGGCAGUGGACGGGAAGCCCCAUUCGCAUGGAUUCAAACUUGGUUCUGAAAAGCACACCACAGAGGUCACCGUGAAGAAGUCUGGAAGCCUACUUAUAAAUUCUGGGAUACAAGGAUACUCCCUGCUAAAGACAACUCAGUCUGGAUUUGAAGGAUUCGUGAGGGACCGCUACACUCUUCUUCCUGAAACAAGAGAAAGAAUUGUUGCAACAGAAGUAACUGCUUGGUGGAGGUAUCCGUUCGAACAUAUUUCCCAGCUUCCGUCAAAGCCAUUUUGCUUCACACAAAGAUACCAGGAUGUAAAGAAAGUUCUCGCAGACACAUUCUUUGGUCCUCCUGAAGUUGGUGUAUAUAGCCCAUCAGUGCAGAAUACAUUAUACCUCAUGGCUAGGGAAGUUCUUACCAGGUUCCCAGACAUAGCGUCAGUUCAGCUUAGGAUGCCAAACCUCCACUUUCUCCCGGUGAACCUAUCAGGGAAAGAAAAUCCAGGAUUGGUGAAGUUUGCUGAUGAUGUGUACAUGCCAACUGAUGAACCACAUGGAACCAUUGAAGCAACACUGAGCCGCGCCAACUCAAAGCUGUAA